UAAACCAGCACAGAGUCUGAACGGUCCAGAUGUUGAAACAGACACAAGGAAGGACACGGCGAGGGUUUAUGUGGCUCACGCCUGUUGAUUUCGCCAAAGACCACAGGAAAGGGCACUGGAAAGUUGCAUUCCCAAAGUGCGGACGUUUCUGUGUGAUUCAACUGUUUUCGUGUCGGGAUUACUCGGCAUUUCACGCUCUGGACAUGCGUGGGGCUGGAGCAGGGGGGCUUGAGUGAAGUUUGAAGAGCAGAGCUGAAGGUAAGCUACUAUUGACUGUGAUAAGGCAGAGGUGGUUGAGGAUGGCUUCCCCUCUGUUCAUACUGAUAGCCUGCCUGGUCUCAUUGCGUCUCGGAGGAGCUUUCUUUUCGGGACCCCUCCACCCGGAGAUGUCCAACGGCACUUUUCAUCAUUAUUUCGUGCCGGACGGUUUUUAUGAAGAUAACGACGAUCCCGAGAAAUGCCAGAUGCUGUUCAAAAUGACCGACAAUCGCAAAUGCACCCUGGACGAGGACCAGGACUCAGUGAUUCGGGACGAUUUCACCAUCAUCAAGCGGCACAUCGAGGACGCGGCGCGUGUGCUCGAGGGCAUCGGGAAGAGCAUAUCCUUCGACCUGGACGGAGAAGACAGCUAUGGGAAAUAUCUGAGACGGGAGACGACCCAGAUCACCGAGGCGUUUUCCAACUCCGAGAAGUCUCUGCUGGAGCUGGAGGUGAAAUUCAAACAGAGUCAGGAAAACGAGCUGAAAGAGGAGCACAAGAUCAGCGACGACUUCCUCAACAUGAUCGUGCACACGCGCGACGUGUUGAAGGAGACACUGGACAUCUCGCUGGGACUGAAGGACAAGCACGAGCUGUUGUCACUCAUCAUCCGGAGUCACGGGACCCGGUUAAGCCGCCUGAAGAACGACUAUAUGAAGGUGUAGAGGACUGUUUGUCUGCCUUCAGUAAGCAGGCAAAUCUCAAUCUGUCUACAGGCUAUGGCAAGGCGUUUUAAC